GGUGAGGAAGGCGGUCCCAGAGUCAGGCAGUGUCGCUGCUCCGGCUCCAGCAUGGCGGCGGCCUUACGCGCUGCGGGCUGUCUUCCUGCACUGUGUAGCGUGCCGGCAGGUCAUUUCCUGUCUAGGCAGCUCUCUUUAAACACCUUUCCAGUAGCAGCCACUUCCUUUUUGGCAGUGAAGACAGCUCUCAGCCACUACUCUUUGUCACCAAGGGAAACAAGGCACAACUACUGUCUAACCAGCUUGAGCCAUGCGCUGCAGACAGAGUGCUGCGUUUCCUCUCCCAGCAAAUGGCUGGGCCAGCAGUACAGACCCUACAGCUUCUUCACCAAACUCACUGCAGAACAACUCUGGAAAGGUGCAUUAGCAGAGACUGGAGCUGGAGCAAGAAAAGGCAGAGGCAAAAGAACAAAGAGGAGGAAGAAGAAGGACUUGAACAGGGGCCAGAUUAUUGGUGAAGGGCGUUCUGGUUUCCUGUGGCCUGGUUUGAAUGUUCCUGUUAUAAAAAGUGGAGUAGUCCAGAACAUUGGCCAAAGAAGUAAAGAAGAGCAGCAGAAGGUGGAGGCCAACAUGGCCGAGCAGAGAGAAGAGUGGGACCGGAAGAGGAAGAUAAAAAUUAAACGGGAGCGCGGCUGGAGUGGGAACACAUGGGGAGGUGUCAGUAUCGGCCCUCCAGACCCGGGGCCCAAUGGAGAAACAUAUGAAGACUUUGAUACCAGGGUUCUUGAGGUAAGAAACGUUUUCAAUAUGACAGCAAAAGAGGGAAGAAAGAAGACUGUCCGUGUCCUGGUUGCCGUUGGGAAUGGAAACGGGGCUGCAGGUUUUGCUAUUGGGAAAGCCGCUAACCGGACAGAUGCUUUCAGAAAGGCAAAGAACCGAGCAAUUCAUUACUUGUACUACAUAGAACGAUACGAAGGACACACGAUAUUCCAUGAUAUUUCACUAAGAUUCAAAAGGACACAGAUCAGGAUGAAGAAACAACCCAGAGGUUACGGCCUCCGCUGCCACAGGGCCAUUAUCACCAUCUGCCGCCUCAUUGGCAUCAAGGACAUGUAUGCAAGAGUCACUGGGUCCAUGAACAUGCUCAACCUCACCCGGGGCCUCUUCCAUGGGCUUGCCCGCCAGGAAACCCAUCAACAUUUGGCCGAUAAGAAGGGUCUUCAUGUGGUGGAAUUCCGGGAGGAAUGUGGGCCUCUGCCUAUUGUGGUCGCCUCCCCACUUGGAGCCUUGAGUAAGGAGCCAGAGCCUGAACCUGAGGUUCCUGAUACCAAACUGGACUGGCAAGAAGUGAAGGCCAUGCAGGGAAUGAAGCGCUCUGUGUGGUUUGACUUAAAGAGGCCUGCCACCUGAACGUCCCGCCCUGCCCCAGCUUCAACAUUUAGAAAGCCAGGAAUUACAUUGUUGAAUGAUAAAAAUAUGCUCCAGGUGCUUGCUGCUGACAGCACCUGGAACUCUACCCCUCACCUGGAUGUGUUGUCUUUUUUAUUUUAAAAAAGUCCAACCUUCUUUCUUUUCAAAUAAUAAUUAUAGAUUUGUUUUACUGAGCA